AUGAGUGUGAACGCCCGUUGGAGAAGAGUGCAGCAGAAUGAGAAAAAUGUUGUUCUCUGGCAGCCAGUGACAGCUGACUUCAUUAAGAAGAAGAAAGAAGUGCACUUUUUUGUGAAUGCGUCUGAUGUCCACAGUGUUAAAGCCCAUUUAAAUACCUGCUGGCAACUCUCCCACAAGCUCACACACUGUGGCUGCAAUGGGCCACGUGGGAAGGCCAGCCAGCGCUAUGCUUGGAAACCGCUCACCUUCUGUUUCAUCCUCAGCGUCCUGGUGAACGAUGUGGAAGAUCUAAUUCAACAGCAGACUGCCAAUGACACGGUCAGCCCCCGGGCCUCCUCCUCAUACUAUGAACAGUAUCACUCACUAAAUGAAAUCUAUUCCUGGAUAGAAGUUAUAACUGAACGGCAUCCUGACAUGCUCCAGAAAAUCUUCAUUGGUUCAUCAUAUGAGAAGCACCCACUUUACGUUUUAAAGGUUUCAGGAAAGGAACAAACAGCCAAAAAUGCCAUAUGGAUCGACUGUGGAAUCCAUGCGAGAGAGUGGAUCUCACCAGCUUUCUGCUUGUGGUUCGUAGGCUAUGUGACUCAGUUCUACGAGAAAGAGAAGCUGUACACCAAUCUGAUGAGGCACGUGAAUUUUUACAUCAUGCCGGUGAUGAAUGUGGAUGGCUACGACUACACGUGGAAGAAGAAUCGGAUGUGGAGAAAGAACCGUUCUAUCCACAAGAGCAACCACUGCGUGGGCACAGACCUGAAUAGGAACUUCGCUUCCAGACACUGGUGUGAGGAAGGUGCAUCCAGUUUCUCCUGCUCUGAAACCUACUGUGGGCUUUACCCGGAGUCUGAGCCAGAGGUGAAGGCAGUGGCUGACUUCCUGAGAAGAAAUAUCAACCACAUCAAAGCUUACAUCAGCAUGCACUCAUAUUCCCAACAAAUCCUGUUUCCUUACUCCUACAACAGAAGCAAAAGCAAGGACCACGAGGAACUGUCACUAGUGGCCAGUGAGGCAGUUCGUGCGAUUGAAAGAAUUAAUAAAAACACCAGAUAUACACAUGGCAGUGGCUCAGAAAGUUUAUAUCUAGCUCCUGGAGGUUCCGAUGAUUGGAUCUAUGAUUUGGGCAUCAAAUAUUCAUUUACGAUUGAACUUCGAGAUAAAGGCAGAUACGGAUUCUUGCUGCCUGAGAGAUACAUCAAACCCACUUGUACAGAAGCUUUGGCUGCAGUCUCUAAAAUAGCUUGGCACGUCAUCAGGAACGUUUAAUGCCUUGCCUCUGCUCCGUUAUUUUUAUUUCACCGAUGUCAGCAACACUAAAUUGUUGUUUCUUUCUAAGUUUAGUCAGUUUCCUUGGUUUUGUUGAAGAAUAAAAUGCGUAAUACUUUGA